AUGACUAAAAGAUUUUUAAGAUCUGAUGCAACGCCUUUAUCAGAUGAUAAUAUAAGAGAUAUCAUUAAUGCUAAAAAUUCGAUGAAAUGUGCUUCAGAAGUUAUGGCAAAAAAAUAUAAGAUAUCAUCACGCCGUGUUUAUCAGAUUUGGCGAAAUCAAGAAUACCCUACUGAUCAUAUAUACCAAAUCCAAAAUAAACAAAACAUUAAUUGGGAUAAAGAAAUUGAUGAUAUAUAUAACUUAUAUAUACGUAUGAAAUGUGAUGCAUCUCCAUUCACCUCUGAUGACUAUACUUAUAUUAUGCAAUGCCGUGAUAUAAAACCAAGAUAUAAAAUUUUGAAAGACUUAACAGAAAAGUAUAAAACAUCAACAAAACGUAUUUAUCAAAUUUGGAGAGGAGAAGAGGCUAAUAGAGUUCUCUGGGAUCAACCUAUACCUCAUUCAUAUAGCCCAUACCUGCGAAGCAAUACACAAAGUGCACAAGUACAGUCUAAUAUAUCCCGCCAUGAAGUGACUGACUCUGGUAAUAAUUUAUCUAGUAUAAAUGAUACGAUUCACUCUGAA